AUGGACCCAAAUAUAGGUGAUUAUAAAGCAUCCGCGGGGGCGCCAUAUCCGGGACCUCCUGGAAUGUAUAGCACAACACUGAUGGAGUCUAUACACGGCGGACAAGCUCCAGUCCCAGUUCCAGGGCAACAUACAGCUUCUGGGCCAUCAUACUAUCAAAAUGCCCCAAAUAUUCCCUACUAUUUCAAUCCUCAACAAUCUUCACAACAACAGCAAGCUGGUCAUGGCCAUGGCCCUGGUCCUGGUUCAUCAACGGGUCAGCCACCAGUUCAAGGACUGGCACCACUUCCACCACCGCAGAUUCCACCGCCACCUCCACAGCAACAACAACAACAACAACAACAGAUUUUCACCAGACAUCAGUCACCAUCAACAACAUCUCAAUCCAAUAUACAAGGACAAGAACAACCAUAUCCCACUUAUGGUGCUGCUACACAAUAUUAUCAACCCGUUACAUCUAAUCGUAUGAUCCCACAACAGCCUACAACACCGUUUCCUCCACCUCAAAGACAAUACCCUCAACAACAACAACAAUUAAUGCAACAACAGGAACGGACUCCAGUAAGCUCUAAUCAAUCUGGAAUCCAAGAACAACCGAAUAUGAAAAAGCGAUUGCAUUCCAACGCUACAGGCCCAAACACAUCAAGGGUUGCCGCAACGUACCCAAGGAAACGUGCAUUGACAGCAUGUGACACUUGUAGAUUUAAAAAGAUAAAAUGUGACAAUGAUAGACCACGAUGUGGUUCAUGUGUGAAGAGUGGAAAUGAAACUUGUCAUUACCGUAUUGAUGACCAAUCAAGAGAUUAUUCGACGUUUGAUGCUGCAUCAUUGAAUAUUUUGACUAAAUUGGAUACAGUUCUACAAGAUUUAAAGGAAAUCAAACAGGAAAAGACAUCGAUCAUAAACUCACGUAAUCGAAAGGGCUCCCCAACUGUAAAGUAUCAGUUUGAUAAUUGUUUCUGGGAUAUGGGAGCUACCAAUGUAUUAGAUUGGAACUACUUUCGGAAAUGUACCGGUGUGCCAGAGAAGACUUUACGGGAAGAUAGAAAGAAAUUACUCAAUGGAUUCAGCAAAAAUAAUUUAGAGACUAAUAUAGGAACCGUUGAAGAAAAGAUUAAAGUAUUUCAAGCUAUUGACAAAUUCAUCACUGAAAAUCAUAUGGCAAUGACCCAUUCAUAUCUUUUGAAUUUCAAUACCAAGGCUCCUAUUAUUGAUGUACAAAUCCUUCUAGAGUAUGUUGAAUUUUUCCAAAUGUUAUUUAAAGUCAUGCCUGGUAUGUCAUUUUUGAAUUACGUUGAGAGUGUUCAAAAUAUUCCCAAAGAUGAAUUUGAUACUUAUACCCCAAUAGAAUUCGAACUUGCAUUAUCCAACGUUAAUGUUAAGAAUAAAUCAUUUUAUCUUCGUACAUAUACCAAGUAUUGUGAUAGAAUCCCAAGUGCACUCAUGGUUUUGGCAAUUGGAACCCUCUCUACAUCUAUGCAAUUGGAGAAUAUUGCCAAAUUUUCUACUUCAUUAGAAGAACGGACAAAUGUCACGACUGGUUGUUUGUCAGAGGAUGGGUUAUUUGAUAAACAACCAGAUAAUUUACCUCGUGAUCGUGGCAAGAUAUCAAUAUAUAUCGUACAAUAUGCUGAGUAUUUGUACAGUAUGUUUCCUAAUAGCAUGCUUUCAACUGAAUUUGAAGUGGCUAAAUACGAGAUUUUGAAAAGUCAAUAUUAUUUAUGUACUUUUAAUGUUCUUGAUGCAUUUAAGCAGAUAUCACGAGCUUCUCACAACCUUAUGUUUUAUUUAAACAGUACCAGGGAGACGGUACCUUUAGAUGGUGAUGAAGAUUCCACUUGUGAAGAGUUUGUUGACCAAGAGCGGGCUCAACAACAAACUUUAGGGGAAGAAGCUAAGGCAAUUGAUGAUUUGAAAGAAAAUGAGGGAAACAUACUCGGGAAAGAGACUGAACUUGAUCUUUCGACCAAAAACGAAGUAAAUGAUACUAAUAUCGAUACAACGAUAGAUAUGAAUGUCACUAAUAAAGGAUACUCACCAAUUGUAUUGAAGAGGCAAAAGGGAUCCGUAGAACGGGUAUUUUGGAUAUGUUUAAAACUUGAGUCUGAGAUUAGAGCGGAAUUAUCUCCAAAUAUCCCUCUUUCAGGGAUAACCAAGUUCCCUCCUCCUAGUUCAUUACCAUCAAUACCUUGUAACCAAGAUUUGGACCUUCUUCUUCAAGAUAAGAAAUUUAUGGAAACCCAUUCUGAAUCUGCAGUUAGACUUGCUGCAAGAUUUGAAGAUGAAGAUUCUUGGUACUAUUUUCUUACAGAAAUUGCAGUACGAAAAGUUGAUAAUAAAAUGUAUGAUGAAGUAUUCUCUCACGAUAAUAUCACUAAUAGUACAUGGGAUACUGAAGAGUUUGCCAAUGAAACGUUGUGGGUCACUUUUAUUAAAUAUUGGAAUCAAUAUAAUGGGAUCAUCAAUUCUUUGGCUCCACAUAUUCGUGAAUUUAUCCUCCAUGAAACAGAUGUACAACAGGCACAUAAAAGAGUUAAGAAAAUGUAUUUGCAUCGUAAAAGCAAAAUGGAAGAUGAAAAAAGUGUCACUCUGAUAGAAUCAGACGAUAGAAAAAUGAAUGUGCCACUGAAAACGAAUGAUAUUGGGACUGGUGGAGACUUUAGAUCAACUUUUGAUGAUUUGGAUGAUUUUGCCCUUGAAGAUGAAAUACCACUUCACUCGCAGUCUGAAUCAAUAAUGUUCAUCAAGACUAGAAUUCUUACAUCUAAAUUAGUCUUAAUUCGACCAAUUGUCUAUCUAAUUUUAGAGGAUAAAAUUGAAUUUCAAGACUUAUUAUUAGUAAUCAUUGAGGUUAUGGAAGAUCAAAUUACUGGAAGAAUACCUGUUGGAUGUCAAGAAUCUCCAGCAUCUCUGAUCAGUUUUGAUAGUACUCCUCAAUUUAAAGGUGGAUAUAGGAAUUAUGCGAAUGCUCCACCAGUGUAUCAAAGAGAGUAUCCAGAUGAAGAUUUUUCUCAAUUCAUAUUCCCAGAGAGUGAUGAUUCAAGUCUUUCAUCAGAUGAUAUUCCAGAAAUAAAACUUAAAGAUGUACCUGGAGCUAAAAUACGAAUUUUAAAAGUAUUUAUGAAGAAUUUAAUAGCUAUGCCAAAGCAAAACAUUGCAAACUUGGCUUCUCAUAGACACGCAGGUCUGUGGUAUGUGUUGAGAAAUUCUUUCCUUGGACAUGUAAUUGAGUUUUUGUUAUAUAAAAAGGUUCAUGAAAUGCUCGCCAAGGCAUCUGAGGACGAGUAUUUCAAAGAGUAUCUUACUAAUAGGGAAAAUCCCAUCUCACCCGAAGGUGUUUUGGGAAUCAUUAACAUGAUUUUGUCAAAGGAAAGAAUUCAAGCUUCUUUGGAACAUUUACAAGUACUCUUUGAGUAUUGGCAACAUGAAAGUAGCGAUUGUAAAAUUUAUCAAAACUACAUAUCGAUGUGUUUGAACAAUUUAUGA